AUGGAUUUCGAUGAUGAUGUUGUACCGCUCAUGCAAAAAUUGGAUGCGGUGCUCCUCCGCAUGCGCUCCGAGCUACUGCCGCUGCUGGCCUCCCUCAACGAGGACGUGCUGGUGACGAACUACAGUGUGGACGAGCAGGCCCGCAUCUCCCUCGCUGCGGCCUUUGUGCUGGUGUUGCUAACGUACGCUUAUGACAGACUGCAGAAUGCGGUGGGAAAGACGGGCGUGGAUGCGCGGGUGCAGCUAAAGCUGGAUCGCGUCUCCGGGUACAUUAAGAAGUUGCGCGAGAUCACGCAUCUGGACAGUCGGCAGCAAGAUGGGACGACGGCAGCAGCAGCAGCAGUGAGUGGGAAGGCCACACGAAAGCGUGGACGGGUGGAGACCCAUGACAGUAACGCUGAGCUGCACAAGGCAAGAGACGCCAGCGCCGUAGAUGACCCGUACGGCGACGCCAUUCUCUUCACGGAGAUUGAGCGGGGUGCAGGAAAGACAGUGUCGUCAUCGGUGCAGAACCUCUUGAGGCAGGUGAAGGAUUCAAGUACCACCGCAUAA